UCAGUCAGAAAACGUUACUCUUAGCCGCAUAGCUCAGGAUAUUGUGUUAGUGCUAAUGUAGGUUUGGUAGUGUUUGAGGCUACCGUACUACAGAGACUUCGUUAAUCAGUGACUAUGGCUUUUGGAUUUGUUUCAGGAGGGCUUUUUCUCCUGUGUGCAGUAGCUUGUGCACUGCGUGGCUCUAAAAAUGCAUUGCAGCAGUCCUCCAGACUACCACAAGCUCCCACUGUGGUCGAAUGCAAGGCCCAAUCCCUGGUUGUGUCGGUAGACAUACCACCUUCUGGCAGUGCACCGCGUUUUGAGGCCAUUGAUGCCACCGGUGCAUAUCCUGUCACAGAGCGCUAUGGGGCUCAGUGUGGUUACACUUACUCUGUCCAGCCUUUGCUGGGUCAUGUUGAUCUCAGAGCAUCAUACUUCUCCUGUCACACGGGAAAUCAGAAUGAUGAGGUCUUCACCUUCAUGUUUGGGGUGUUCACCAUUGAUGAGAGUGGCAAAGAGUCAUCUUUCAAUGUCUCAAAGACUUGCUCUGUUCCUCCUUUCUCUCCGAGGGUGGUUACUUGUGAAGAGAACUACAUGGAGGUGUCUGUGAGAACUGAUCUACCUUGUCCUACAGCUGGCAGUAUUAAAGACUUCUCUGCAUCUUUAGCUUUGGCCCAAAGUUCAGCUGUUGAGGCCUGGCAGGUGAUGCUACAAAAAGAGGGCCAGCAGCCUGAGGUAAUGUCGGUUGAGGAUGCUGCUACUCUGGGCUACAUAAUAAUGGUCACACCUGGCAGACUUGUAUUUCGAACAACCUUUGGACAACUCUAUGCUUCUGUUAAAAUGGUCAAUGGUGCAGCAGUUGAAGUGAUCCAAGCCACAGUCUUUUUCAGACAGAACUGGAUGGUGGUCAUGGUGGACCUGGUUGCUACCUGUUCACUGGUUAAAGGCUCUUCUGAUGACUCCAGACUUCACUGGAGGACCCCUGCAGAAAGGACCCGUCUGGCUGUUGGACCCUCUAAGUUGAGGACAGAGUACAUAGGCAUGGGAGUUAGUGGUGGGGUUGCGAAUGAAUGGGCUAUGACCGACCAAGGCUACUCUGUAACAGUUGGUAAAGGGAGCGUAGCACAUAGGCUCCCCUCUGUUGCUGAGGGAGGAAUACGAAAGAACCAGCAGGGUGUGGUGACCAAGCCUAAAGUUGUCCGGCAGAUGGCUCCUCCACCAGUUCCUCGCCCUCCCCUUUCAGUUAACCAAUCACCUUCAGGAACCUGGAGGAGCCCUGCAGAAAGGACUCCUCUGGUUGUUGGACCCUCUGAGUUGAGGACAGAGUACAUGGGCAUGGGAGUUAGUGGUGGGGUUGCGAAUGAACGGGCUAUGACCGACCGAGGCUACUCUGUAACAGUUGGUAAAGAGACCGUAGCACACAGAUUCCCCUCUGUUGCUGAGGGAGGAAUAAGAAAGAACCAGCAGGGUGUGGUGACCAAGCCUAAUGUGGUCCUGCAGAUGGCUACUCCACCAGUUCCUCGUCCUCCCCUUUCAGUUAACCAUGAUGGCUCCAGACUUCAUUGGAGGACACCUGCAGAAAGGACUCCUCUGGCUUUUGGACCCUCUAAGUUGAGGAAAGAGUACAUGGGCAUGGGAGUUAGUGGUGGGGUUGUUGAUGAACGAGCUGCGACAGAUCGAGGCUACUCUAUGACCGUUGGUAAAGCAACUGUAGUGAGUAGUAUCCCCUCUGCUGCUGAGGGAGGAAUACGAAAGAACCAGCAGGGUGUGGUGACUAAUCCUAAUGUGGUCCGGCAGAUGGCUAAUACACCAGUUCCUCGCCCUCCCCUUUCAGUUAACCAAUCACCUUCAGGAACCUGGAGGAGCCCUGCAGAAAGGACUCCUUUGGCUGUUGGAACCUCUGAGUUGUGGGGAGAGAACAGGCGCAUGGGAGCUAGUGGUGGGGUUGUGGAUAAAUGGGCUGCGUCAGACCGUGGCUACUCUGUAACAGUUGGUAAAGAGACCGUAGCACAUAGGUUCCCCUCUGUUGCUGAGGGAGGAAUACGAAAGAACCAGCAGGGUGUGGUGAUCAAGCCUAAUGUGGUCCGGCAGAUAGCUAAUCCACCAGUUCCUCGUCCUCCCCUUUCAGUUAACCAAUCACCUUCAGGAACCUGGAGGAGCCCUGCAGAAAGGACUCCUCUGGUUGUUGGAACCUCUGAGUUGAGGGGAGAGAACAUGGGCAUGGGAGUUAGUGGUGGGGUUGUGGAUGAACGGGCUACGAUAGACAGAGGUUAUUCCAUAACUGUUGGUAAAGCAACUGUAGGGAGUAGUAUCCUUUCUCCUGCGGAGGGAGGAAUAAGAAAGGACCAGCAUGGUGUGGUGACCAAGCCUAAUGUGGUCAAGCAGAUGGCUUCUCCGCCAAUUCCGCUUCCUUUUUCAGUUAACCAAACAAACCUUGAGGAGAGAGUCUUCCAUGUCUACCUGGGUAAUAUUCCUUCUGAUGUGGAACUGGUGUCUGUUGAGCUGAAUGGGCAGGAGAUCUCUGUAUUGACUGCCGCGCAGAUGGGGUACUCCAUCUCCAGAGUCUCAGAAGGCAACGCUACCUCUGCGUACAUCAUUAGGGUUCCAUUUGAGGACCAAUUUGUUGCAAAGCAGUACGUUUCAGCUGGCUUGUUUGAGUACUCUCUGGAAAUUAAAUGGACUUUGAACAUAAGGCCUCAGAUGGAGGCCUAUUACCACUUGUCUUCUGUGUCUGCUUUAGUCGUUGAAGCCUUACCUCCAGUGUUUGACAGCAUGUGUACUGAAAGUGGCAUAAGCUUCAAGAAGGACCAUCAGCAGUACGAUUACUUGUGGGACAUUGCCAUUGGGUCUUACACCCUGACCCCACAGCUGGCAUCAGAGCGUGGCUAUAUCCUGACCAAUGACAGCACCACAUUAAUAUUGGCUGUGCCUCUGUUUACCAUUGGAUACGUUUAUGAGGAUAUUACUCUGCAGCAGUUCUAUGGCACUUUCAAACUUCUCACCAGAAAUGCUAAAACCCUGAAGAUUGAGCAGUCCUCAGGCAAACGCUGCCUCUUCCAAACCACAGAGCUUUUGGUGUGCUCUACUGAGGGUGUGAUGACUAUAGUGACCGACAUCACUAAAGCGGUACCUUCUGCUGAUCCUGCAAGAACCACACUAUUGGACCAAAGCUGCAGACCCCAAGAAACUGAUGAUACCAGAGUCCUCUUCUCUUUUGGUCUUAACACUUGUGGGACUAGAUUUCAGAUUGAUCAGCAGUAUGUAACCUAUGAAAAUGAGCUCGUAUUUCAUGAGUUGUAUUCUACGGACAGCAGGCCAGUUAUCACAAGAGAUGCUGCAUACAGAGUGACCAUGAGGUGCAUUUACCCAGUACGUGACACUGAAAGCCUUUUUGUGGACCGAAAGUUUAGAGCAGAGACUCCUGGAAUUGGACAAAUCAAGGACCCUGUGAAGGUUCCUCCCCAAAUGCUUAAGCCAAUGCAACUGCCAAAACAGGCCAUUAUGAAGCCCUCUUUUCAGGGAUCGGUUGCAAGGAAACCAACUGAAUAUGUUCGAGUGGGCCAAUGGAGUGCGCCCCAAGACAAAUAUGCCCAGCGUUCACUAGGUGCCUAAUGGAGCCUUCUAGAUGACUCAACGAACUUGCGUUUUAAGCAUUUGUCUUGUGCUGCAUGAAAUAAAGUACUUUCUCAAGCA